ACUCUGAUGGUGAUAACGAUACGCCUUGCAAGAUUUCAAAACAUGAUCCAGAUUUCUACUUGAUUGUACUUGUAGGGUAUUUGUUGUAGAAAUUUUUUAGGAUUACUAUUGCUAAGAAAUUUCUUAGCAUACACAAAUCUACGACAAUGGAGCUCCAAGCUACACAAAUUUCUCUCUGUUUCCUUCUUGUCAUCUCGACUCUCUUGUUCUCAUCAGCUUCAAACUCCGAUGAAUUCGUUCAGUGCCUAACCAAACUUUCCAAAGAGUCUGCACCCACAGUCUCAAAGCUCAUUUUCACCCCAAAAAACUCCUCAUACACCGCAGCCUUACUAUACUCCAUCAACAAUCUCCGUUUCACCAGGCCAACUACUCCAAAGCCUCGAGUCAUCAUCACCCCCACCACCGAAUCUCAAGUCCAAUCCGUCAUCUACUGCGCCAAAAAGACUCAUCUCGAAAUCAGGAUCCGAAGCGGCGGCCACAGCUUGGAAGGCCUUUCUUACGUUGCGUAUGUCCCGUUUGUCGUACUGGAUUUACGUAAUUUCAACAAGGUCACCCCUCACGUCCCUAGCGCAACCGCUUGGGUUGGCGGAGGCGUCACCAACGGCGAACUCUAUUACAGAAUCUCUCAGGCCACGUCGGAUUACGGCUUUCCAUCUGGCCUGUGGGCAAACAUUGGAGUCGGGGGACUAAUCAGUGGAGGAGGAUACGGAAUGAUGAGGCGAAAAUACGGACUCGCGGCUGAUCAAGUUAUUGAUGCGAAAUUAAUCGACGUGCAUGGGAGAAUUCUUGACAGGCAAGCAAUGGGAGAAGAUUUGUUCUGGGCGAUUCGAGGAGGCGGCGGGGGAAGUUUCGGUGUUGUCCUCGCCUGGAAAGUAAAUCUUGUUCGAGUUCCGAAGACUGUAACUGUUUUCAGAGUAUACAGAAGCCUGGCGCAAAACAUGACGAAUAUUUUCUAUAAAUGGCAAUCGGUGGCGCCUCGGUUUCCUAAAGAGCUCGAUAUCAGAUGUAAUGGACAAAUAUUUUUGAGCGAGAAUAGUACGAGGCCUGACAAGAAGAUAAUGGUGAUGAAUUUCGAAUCCUUGUAUCUCGGCCGAGUUGAUAGUCUUCUCAAGGUGAUGCUAAAGCAAUUCCCUGAGCUGGGAUUGGUUAGAGAAGAUUGUUUCGAAGUGAGUUGGAUUCAAGCUAUGGUAUUUUUCACGAACUUGCCACUUGAGACACCACCAGAGGUGUUGCUUGAUAAAACGACCUUGCCCCGAUUUGAUUUUAAAGGCCGGUCCGAUUUCACUACAAAGCCGAUUCCCGUAAAAGGGCUUGAAGGGAUAUGGGAUUUCAUGUUUCAACUCCCGAACGGAACUGCGAUGUUGCAAUUUACCCCGUUCGGGGGAAGAAUGAGCGAGAUAGCGGAAACAGCAUUGCCGUUUCCAUAUCGAGCUGGGUACUUGUACAUGAUAAAUUUAUAUGCAUUGACGGAUGUGGACGAAGCGAAUCGGUUGCAAUGGGUGAGAAACAUUGAUGCGUAUUUGGCUCCCUAUGUGACAAGUAACCCGAGAAGUGCUUACGUGAAUUAUGCGAAUCUUUGGAUGGGAACUAACAAUCCCAGAGGCAGAACGAGCUAUGCCCAAGCAAGUAAAUGGGGGAAACGUUAUUUCAAGAAUAAUUUUGAUAGGUUGGUUUGGAUUAAGUCUAAGGUUGAUCCCGAUAACUUCUUUCGUCAUGAGCAAAGUAUCCCACCAUCCACUAUACCAUAGAAUGCAUUGUGUUGCGGUACAGUACAGUGCGACGAAUAUUCAAUUCUUUUACAUUGCAUCCGCCCAUGAUUUAGUAUGAACAAAUUUCCGGUGAUUUAUAAAAUUCAAAGUAUAAGUACUGUCAUGUAGUGCCUGGUUUCGAAUUCAGCUUUCUGAAUCAAUUCAAGCUUGGAGUUUCAUCUCAGAGAAUUAUACAUUUCGUUGCACUGUGAACAUGCAAUUUAUGUGGAAACUAUAGAUUCGUAAAGUAUGUUGCAAAGCCCCAGCUUAACUGGUGGUGCAAAAACAAAAAAAAAACAUGGUGGAAAAAAUUAGCGAGUGUUCAGAUGAAUCAAGAGACUAAGAAAACAGUUUUUCUGCAUGUUUAGAACUCAGAGUUGAGCCCUCUUUUGUAAGCUUGAACUUGAGUCUGGUUGCUGACGGCCAGCACAAGCUAAAACUCG